ACCGUGCCUCCUGAGUGGUUAGGGUGCCGGACUUGAAAUGCGGAGGUCGCAGGCUCAAGUCCCGCUCUGAUCACUUAGCUUGUGUUGUCUCUUGGUAGACCCUAGUUCAACUCCUGGGUGAUGCUUGUAAAUAACCAACUGGUCUGCCUCCCGCCAGUUGGGAUUUUUAAGCAUGUUUUGUUCAUAUGCAUUAUUUGUUUCAUCAUUUGGUUUCAUUGGCCCUGAAACGCCCCAUUAGGGGAGUGGUCAAUGAAGACUUUUUUUUUUGCUUUGGAGUACUAUGCAACCGCAUGAACACAUGUUAAACAUUGACUAUUGUUAUUGUCCAUUUUUAUCAGACAUGAACAACCACUAUGCAGCUUCAGUGUCCCCCGAGGGGGUUGCCAUGCCACGCUUCAUUCUGUCACCCAGUCAACAGCAGCAGCUUGCUGACAUUUUCCACCUCAAACAACAGCAGGAAAUGCAACAGCAACUUCUUUACCAGAACUUCCAACACCAGUUACAAGCACUUCAACAACAGCAGCAGCAUGAAUUGCAGUACCAUCUUGAUUUUCAGCGGCCCGGAGUUCUGGAGCAGCGGAACAAAUUUCUUCGGAAGAGGCAGGAGGAACAGCGGCAGAGAGAGCAGCAGGAGAAAACACAAAAGGAAAGAGAGUAUCGCUUUCCUCAACCGAAAAUUAAGGUGAGCCUAGGUUUCUUUUCAUAUGAAUGUGACAAUUUUUUUUAUUGCUGAUUUUUAGAAAAUAAUUUUAAUAAUAAUAUGGCUUUGAU